CCCAUAGGAAAGAAGCAGAAUGUGACUUUUAAAAUAAAGCUCUCAUUUCCCCCGGUGAUGGGUCUUCAUUUAAUUUGAGACAUUCAUAUCUGAGGGAGUUUGACUGGUUGGACUUAGAAAAUGGUCUUUUAUGGGAGGUCGGGAUAUUCAGAUGAAAAGUUUAAUAGUGUACAAUGUUUACAAGUUCAGGUUUUGUUUCAAGUCUGUGUAUAGCUGCAUACAGAGAGGGAAGUUUGCAGGAAGUGCUGUCAUAGGAUCUCUGGGUUCAAUAGGUUUUCACGAUUAAGCUAGUCAAGCUUCAUAUGCCCUUUGCCCCCCCAAAUAAUUAUUCAUCUUUGUAUGUUUAUUAACCAUAGUUAAUGUUAAGGUACACCUACAAAGGUAAAUGUAGGGAACAUUAAAAUAUCAUCGGUCUCGUUCAUAUACCUCUAGCUUAUUACAGCUCUAGUUUUGGGUGGUUCCCAUGCUCCAACCUCUGAACAGGGUGGGCGUUCAGGGUGUCUGCCACAGGGUAGCAAGGCAGCAUGCUCAGUAUUGCAAAGACUGAGUGUGGCCUGCCAGCCAUGACUGAUUUCUUUCCCUGUGCUUGCUUAAGCACACCUAGGGGCUACACUUUCAAUUAACUCACAGUGUCGGGAUAGACUGGGAAACAAAAUGGUAAACUCAAGCCCCAAGAGGUUUUUACAGCCAUCCUGGCUUAGAUAAACACUGUUUGUUUUCUAAUUCAUCAUAGGUGGAAGGAAGGUAUCAUGUGAAGAGGAAAGGGAAGGAAAGCAGUGAGAGAAUCCCUGGCUUUCUGAGAUGGCUGGAAAUAAGACUGACUGUAACCAUGUUCAGCUGCUGACAGUGUAAAAUUGAGCUGUAUGGUGGACAGAAGACAAGCAGUCAAGAGAAAUCCCCAAAGCCCAGUGAAGAACCAUUAAGAACUCACAGCAAAAUUGGAAAUGAGAAGAGAUACUGUUCAAGCCUCAUGCACACCAUUCACUAUGGAAACAGACAUCACCCAGAGCAACAUUAGCAUUGGCAUCUGGAGUGGAAGCUAAGUGGUUCGUUUUGGACGGCGCUGGCAGGAUUUUUUUUUCUAUAUACUUCUGAAGGGUAAAGAUGAAGGUGCCUGUGUCUGGGGAUGUAAAAGAGGAAACUGAAGAGGCAAAUGUGGAGGAGGAAGAAAACCAGGAAGCCAAGGUGUUUCUGAAACCUGUUAUUGAAGACCUAAGCAUGGAACUGGCCAGAAAGUGCACCGAGGUCAUUAGUGAUAUCCAUUAUAGAGAAGACUAUAAAAAGUCUAAGGACAAGUGUACAUUUGUGGCUGACACCCCCAUGCUAAACCAUGUAAAAAAUAUUGGUGCUUUUAUUUCUGAGGCAAAAUACAAAGGUACUAUUAAAGCUGAUCUUUCCAAUUGUCUGUAUAAGGACAUGCCUGCUACCAUUGACAGUGUCUUUGCACGAGAAGUAUCCCAGCUUCAGAGUGAGGUUGCUUACAAGCAGAAGCAUGAGGCUGAGAAAGGCUUCUGCAGUUACGCCUGCAUGAAGGAACCACCAGAGGUCAGACGCGCCAUGGAGGUCAACAGGCACCAGAGUAAUAUUUCUUACAGAAAAGAUGCCCAAGGCACCCACACUUAUACAGCGGAGCUGGACAGACCAGACAUCAAGAAGGCAACUCAGAUCUCUAAGAUCAUAAGCAAUGCAGAGUACAAGAAAGGCCAGGGCUUCGUGAAUAAAGAACCCUCUGUAAUUGGAAGACCAGAUUUUGAACAUGCCGUGGAAGCUUCUAAACUUUCUAGUCAGGUUAAAUAUAAAGAAAAAUUUGAUAAUGAAAUGAAGGGAAAAAGCCACCAUUACAACCCUCUGGGAAGUGCGUCUUUUAGGCAACAGCAGCUCGCUACUGUCCUGGCCAGCGACGUGAAAUACAAGAAAGAUGUGCAAACCAUGCAUGACCCAGUUUCAGAUCUCCCAAAUUUGUUGUUUUUAGAUCAUGCUAUGAAAGCCAGCAAAAUGCUCAGUGGAUGGGAAUAUAAGAAGAAUUUCGAAGAAAACAAAGGACUGUAUCACUUUGAUGCGGAGGCCCCUGAACACCUGCACCAUAAAGGGAAUGCUGCCCUCCAGAGUCAGGUAAAAUACAGAGAAGAAUAUGAAAAAAAUAAGGGGAAGUCCAUGCUUGAGUUUGUCGAGACACCAUCAUAUCAGUCUUCGAAGGAGGCUCAGAAGAUGCAAAGUGAGCAAGCUUACAAAGAAGAUUUUGAGAAGGAGAUUAAAGGAAGGGCCUCACUGGAUUUAGACAAGAGCCCUGCAUUUCUACAUGCGAAGCAUGUCACUGGCCUCAUGAGAGAGAAAGAAUAUAAAAAAGAUUUGGAAAAUGAAAUCAAAGGGAAAGGAAUGGAACUUAGUUCAGAAGUUCUUGAUAUUCAGAGAGCAAAGCGAGCAUCUGAAAUGGCCAGCGAGAAAGAAUACAAAAAGGAUCUGGAGUUGGAAAUUAAAGGCAAGGGGAUGCAAAUUGACACUGAUACCCUUGAAAUACAACGUGCCAAAAGAGCUGCCAAGAUAGCUAGUGAGAAAGACUAUAAAAGAGAUCUGGAGACAGAAAUUAAAGGAAAAGGCAUGCAGGUCAGCACAGACACUCUGGAUGUUCAGAGAGCUAAGAGGGCAUCGGAGAUGGCCAGCCAGAAGCAAUAUAAGAAAGACUUGGAGAAUGAAAUUAAGGGGAGAGGAAUGCAAGUGAACAUGGAUAUCCCAGAUAUGCUUCGAGCCAAGAGGGCAUCUGAAAUCUACAGCCAGAAAAAGUAUAAAGAUGAAGCUGAGAAAAUGCUUUCCAACUAUUCCACUGUUGCAGUCACUCCAGAGAUUCUGAGAAUCAAGACUACACAGCAAAACAUUAGCAAUGUAUCUUAUAAUGAAGAAGUAGGAGCUGGCACAACUGUAAGGAAUACUCCAGAGAUUGAACGGGUGAAGAAAAACCAGCACAAUAUUAGCUCAGUAAAACUCAAAGAAGGAAUUAAACAUGCAACAGCCAUUUCUGAUCCUCCUGAGCUAAAGAGAAUUGCAGAAAACCAGAAGGACAUAGUCAAUUUCCAGUAUAAAGAGCAAACCUAUAAGGCCACUCCAGUAACCAUGACCCCAGAGAUAGAGAGAGUGAAGAGGAACCAGGAGCAGCUGAGUGUGGUCAAAUACAAAGGAAAGCUAAAACAGGCAACUUCCAUUUCGGAUCUGCCAGAGCUGAAGAGAGUGAAAGAAAACCAGAAGAAUAUCAGCAAUGUUUAUUAUAAAGGUCAACUGGGAAGGGCUACGGCUUUGAGUGUAACUCCCGAAAUGGAAAGAGUAAAGAAGAAUCAAGAAAAUAUCAGCUCGGUGAAAUAUACUCAGGACCAUAAACAAAUGAAAGGUAGAGCAUGUCUGAUCUUAGAUACACCUGCUUUGAGACAUGUUAAAGAAGCACAAAAUCAUGUUUCCAUGGUCAAAUAUCAUGAAGAUUUUGAGAAGACAAAGGGAAGAGGCUUCACUCCUAUUGUGGAUGAUCCUGUGACGGAGCGGGUGAGGAAGAACACCCAGGUUGUGAGCGAUGCUGCCUAUAAAGGUGUCCAGCCUCAUGUUGUGGAGAUGGACAGAAGACCUGGCAUCAUUGUUGACUUUAAAGUGUGGCGUACAGACCCUGGCUCCAUCUUCGACAUUGACCCCCUGGAGGACAAUAUUCAGUCCCGAAGUCUCCAUAUGCUCUCUGAAAAAGCAAGCCAGUACCAGACUCGCCUGUCUCGCUCACAUUCCGGCAGCACGUUUGGUACAGGUCUGGGAGAUGACAAGUCAGAGAUCUCCGAGCUCUACCCUAGCUUUUCAUGCUGCAGUGAGGUUACAAGAGCAUCUGAUGAAGGAGCACCUGUCCUUCCUGGAGCUUACCAGCAGAGUCAUUCUCAAGGCUAUGGGUACAUGCAUCAGACCAGCGUGUCGUCCAUGAGGUCAAUGCAGCAUUCAGCAAAUCUAAGGACCUACCGAGCUAUGUAUGAUUACAGUGCCCAGGAUGAAGAUGAAGUCUCCUUCCGAGAUGGUGACUACAUUGUCAAUGUGCAGCCCAUUGAUGAUGGCUGGAUGUACGGCACCGUGCAGAGAACCGGGAGAACGGGCAUGCUCCCAGCAAAUUACAUUGAGUUUGUGAAUUAAUUCUUUCUCCUUGCCCUUUGAGCUUUAUUCUGAUGUAUUCCAAACUCAGUCUUUUUAAAAGAUAGAUGAUACUUUUCAGAUAACUUGGCAAUUAUUUUACAAUAAUGUAUCCUUACUUUGACAAUUAGACACACAGGUACCAGGAAAAAGGAAUUGACUCUCGGGCUGGAAAUGGCAGCAUCCAUAGUAAUUCCUGUAAACAAAACCAUUAGGUCUGGAGACCUGGUGCUGCUAAUUGUGUUUGUGGUUUCAUUAGAUCGGCUAUUCAACCCUUCUGGGAAAUGUAUUUUUGUAGACUUUAAUAGAGAUGUUGAUUGUCCCUUAAAUGUAACAAAUGUAUGAAACUUCAUAGCUGUCACUUGGAAUCAUCCAUAGCUAAUUCUCGUAGUCUAGCAACACAGCCAAUAAUUUAAAAACUGUUCAGCUAUCAAAUUAUUGGGUAAUUUUCAAUUCAAGUGAGAAUCGCCUAAUAUAAUAAAUAAAUGGAAACAGUGGCAGAAUGAGUCUGGUUAAAAUAAUAUUGACUGUAGCCUUAGGGAGCCGCCAGGGAACUUCCCCUAGUCCUAGGUUGAGCAGGAUCUAAUUAUUUCUCAUGUGCUCCAUGGUGUAGCCUAUCUCCAUUUGCAUUCUGUGGAGCAGUGCAUCUGCUCAGGUCCCCAGAAUGUCAGGACAAGGUAACUUCCCAGCUUCUCUGCAAAGGGCAAAGUCCAAUGUCAUCUGUAUCAUGUCCCCCGUAGCCUCUAUUCUGUUGCAUGUCUUGUGGGCUCCAGCUUCUGUAACAUGGCAGUGGCUUGCCCACCCUUGUUACUAAAGUCAACCGUAUGGACACUCUCUCCCUGCCCUUCCUUCUAGUUGCCCGCUUAUUGGAAAACAUUUUGAAAAGUUGCUUGAGGCUUUCUUGCUGUAUUGCACUCUAGUUUUGAAAGACUCAUGCCUUAGAAACUGCAUAUAUAUUCUAGUAAAUAGGAGAUUUAUGUAUUUACUGGAUAGCCUUCACUCACUUAAUGCCACCAUUGGUUUACAAGUGGAGUGAAUUGAACAUCCUCCACUGUAAAAGCAAAUGGACUAUAAAGAGGCUGAAAACCAAAAACACACAACAGGAAAAGUUUGCUCCACAAUUAGACAAUCUGGUCUCAUAAUUUGGCAAUCAGUCUUCAGACACUAGAAUAGAAAUCUAACCACUAAAUAUGUUCAUAAAAGGCUUCCUUUCCACAUUCCUGCUUUAUUUUCUAAGUCACCUUCAUGAUUAGAUAAAAAAAAAAGAGUCAUCAGUGAUUGUUUUGGCGGGGCGGGGGGUCCAACAGAUAACCCACUGAGAAAGAAAUGAGUGUCUUGUGAUGAGUAUGCAGGACUCACACAGUUGUCUUACACUUGUCUUGAACUUGUCUGGAAUCUACAGUUGAAGUUACCUGGACGUUAACAUUUGUCACAACUCUGUUUUUCUCAUAAUGCCUCUUACUGUGACUUGCAGCUGGGUGGCAUCUUUGUGGGCUCCAAAACAGAAGAGAGCCAAGUCACGAAAAUGUAAGAGGACACUUGGACUGUGGGAAUAUCUACUUUACACAAUCUGUUAAGGAAAUACACAAAGCAUCCACAAUGAAAACCAUUUGAAUGAAAUGUUUAUGAGGCCAAGCCCAAGUAAAGCCAAGGUUUUCAUGUAAACCUUUGGAAAGUGAGCCCAUACUUUUGAAAGCCAUUAGAUUUCUUAGAUUUACCUUAAAGAAAAGUUUUAUUACAUGAAGCUGCAUUUAUGUGACACUGAUAGAAAAUUGAAAAGGAAAAUUCUGCAAAUAACUAGAGAUUUUUCUGGAGAGGUUGUUUUUAUAGACUCGUAAGUAAAUAGCUUACCUAAUUUCAUGUAAUUUAAAUAACCAGUCAUGAUUAACUUUCCUAACUACUUUCAUGUCUUGAACACAUACCUACAAAGAUAAACUGCACUUGCAAUAAUUUGCAAAACUCUGUACACUAAAACAAGGGUGAUAAGCUCAUUUAUGUGAUAUAUCUUUUAUGCUUCCCCAGGCAGACCAUUUGUGUGUGUGUGUUUGUGACUAUUUUUUUAAAGUAGUCAUUAAUUAAAAUGUCAAGAUAGAUGCAGGACAGGUAUGAUUUUGAUAAUAGUAUGUGUUCAGGAACCUCAACAGAAGCCGAUUUGAAAUGAUGCUUAACAUUUGCUAGUCCCCACCAAGUAGCAGCUCGAAGGUCCAUGUUUUUGCCACUCAUUAAUUUCAAACUCAGACUUGAUGAAUGUGAGAGUCAGUACAUAUUUAGGAAAUAGGCAUCCUAAAUAUUGAGGUUCGCAUAAUGUUUGCAUAGCAAGAUAUUUCUGUCACAAGUCUUUCAGAAUUAAGGUGUGAUCUAAAUUCAGUAAAGAACAGUUGUUUUCUAUACAGACUGAGGCAGGGCAAUAUAUGGCAUGAUUUGAGGUUGUACACCAAGCCUAAAUGUGUCAUAGCCAGGUGCCAUCUUUUGCAGCAUCUUUAAAAAAAAUACUAUAUUCUUAGCACCUUUUUCACUUACCACAUGCCUCCCUCCCACGUGCAGUUUGGCAGCCAGUAUGUCACAUGUAACAUUGACAGCUACAGAAGAAUUUAAGAACAAGCCCCUUAGAAAUUGGAGUCCGAGGAGACUAAAUGCCGAGCCCAGAGUGCACACAUCUCUUCCUAUUUGAUGGAUUCCAGGCAUGAAGGAAGCACAAUAAGCUGCUUGGUACACUUCUCAAAGUCUCUGAAAACAAAUGGAUUUGGUUCAUGUUCCUCUUGAACAAAGUUUAGCAACUGGAUAUAAUGCUUUUGCUAUAAACUUUUGUAGUAGAUUUAAGAAAAAUCAUUUGUUCUCUAGAAAGCUUUCUGUUUCUAACCUGUGAUAAAAUGAAUACUUCAUGUCUUCAUUGUGCUUGCACAGUGGCAGUGCAGCCCAGUUUGAAACUUUGAUCUGGUUUUCAUUUUCCAUGGAGGUUCUGCAUCUUCCCAUGUCUCCCAGCCUCCAUACAGCACCCAGGAAUGUCUAAGCACAAUUCCCACAAGCAUCUUGUAAGGGGGAUGCGUGAGAUUAGUCCAGUUUCUCUCUUGCCACUAGACCCUUUGCUUCAAGAUGAUGGGGAUGUUUUUGGUUACAGAUCCUCUCUGUGUUGGGGGUCUAUAACACUCCAGGACUUAGGGAAAAACCUUUCCCAUAAUUGAGAGCAAGUGACACACAAACUUUUCAGGAUCAUCCACCCCCAGUGGAAUGCUUUCAGUCAAAUGAGAAAGAAAAUUUGUGUGGUCUUUAAUAAUACAGCCCUAUAUUCAGUAGAUAUAGUUUAUAGUAAGGUUACAAUAUGGAUAUAUACAAAAUAGGUGCCUUUUUGAUUAUGCUUGUUUAUCAUUAUGGUCUUGGAAAGGAAGCCAAGCAAUCUUCUGCAUAUUCUAUAAAAAUAUUUUAUGAUACACAAUUGAUAUUUUUGUGGUGAGAAGUAGGAUGCCCUUGAAAGAAAGAUAUUACAGGUGGUAGCUGGUUGUAUUUUCCUCCUGAAGGUUUAUAAUAUUAGAAAAUGCUGACUUAUUCAACGUUCUGAAAAGUUUUUUUUUUUGUGGAUUUAUAUAUAGUUGAGUUAUAUAAGCAUUAAGUUUAGGUUUGGGGUUUAAAAUACUUAUGGUGAGUUAGAUUAGUUGCAUUAUGAGGCUGAAUUCACCUUAUAAUUGAACUUUAUGACCUGAUUAUAUUUUAAUUCUUUGCCUAUGAUAAUCUGUUUGUGGCUUGUGUUGCACUGAUAUUCUGAAUUAUCAUUGCAUUGUAUGGGGUAAUAAAACAUGAUGAUAGAGCUUCAGCUAAACAGAAAGCUAUGUAAACUAAUUUAAAGAUGCUAAAAAUGCAAGUCCUUCUGAAGUACUCCAUGUCCCUGAGGACCCUUCUCCAGGCAAGUAGCUGUCAAUUACUGCUGACCAAAAAAGUCAAAACUUUUUUUUUUUCAAAAGUGAAACUUCUGUGGUUGUCAUUCCAGCAUGUAUAAGACCACUAGAAUCCUCACGCCUGGAAGGUUCUCUGGGCAAAUGUCCUUCCCAAUCAUCCGUAACUUCAGUAUAUCUUCAGAGCUCCCCAUGCUUCUUGUGUCUGGUGUAUUGUAUGCUGGUUGCAUAGUACACACUUCACUCGUGUCAAUUAUUGAUUGUUAAAGAUGUUUUCCUUUAAAGGAAAGUGAAAACUGCAUCGCAGCAUCCUUUCUUCCUGUCCAUACAAUGAAGUGCUGAGCAUUUUGGAAGUUGCAGUAAAUGUGUAACAGGCAUGAUAUUUGUGGAACUGUUGGUUUUUGAUCUGUGAUAAAAACACAAAUUUGAAUGAUGUAGUUUGGUUUCUGUUUGCUUUGAAAUAUGCACAGUUGUGGUUUGUGAUUAAUUUGUAAAAUUGUACUAACUUUGAGAACAUCAUGAUUUUGAAAGAAACAUUAAAUGGUUUUUUUUCUCCCCAAUGGAAGGGGAUCACAGAAUGAUAUAAGGUUAUUAGUAUAAUUUGGCUUUUGUUAUGCAAGUUGUGAACACCAGCUAUUAAAAUAUAUUUUAGUAGAAAUUCUUUAAUUCAUGUCUUUUUCCUCUACACUGUGAAUCUUAAGCCUUGGUGGACCAGAGAUACAUUGUGAUGUCCAAAGGACUAACCUAUGCAAAUGAGUUCACAUCUUAUAUUGAUGUCACAGUAAAUAUGUGAUAAGGCAUUAUUUCUCUUCAUAAUGUACAGCAGUAUUGAAAUAACAAAGGAAGCCCUGCCUCCCAUGCAUUGCCCUGUAGUCCCUCACAAUCCCUUCAAGGUUACUGAAAUCAUUAGCGUUAUGUAAAUCAGACUGAUAUCAAUUGAAGCUACUUGAAUGAUUCUGGGUGGAAAAUGACAGACAGGCAUCUUGACUAAAUUUCAUAGAACUAUGUUCUCACAUAUUCUCUGUCCAGGGUCUUGGUAUUCUGUGUCUUCUAUCUGUAUUUGUAAAGCCUUAUGAUGAAUUGAUUUCCUACCAACACACUUGGUUUGCUUAAAUAAAUUCAGGAUGUAACACAA